CCACACCACACCACGGCGCACCGCCCCCGCUCGAUAUAUCACCGCCUCGCCGGCGCUUCCUCCCGUCUCCCGAAACUGCUGCGACGACGACGCGAGAAGCUGCGGCGCGGUUGAUACGAGCGAGCUUCCAGAAGCUUCCACGGUUAAGGCCUCCCCGCCGCAGGGGUUGAUUGUGAUCUAGAUCUAACUUGUAGUGGUCCGGAGCUGAGGGCGAAUCGAAGAUGAGCGUGGUGGGGUUCGAUCUGGGCAAUGAGAGCUGCAUUGUGGCCGUGGCGCGUCAGCGCGGCAUCGACGUUGUCCUCAAUGAGGAGUCCAAGCGGGAGACUCCCGCCAUAGUCUGCUUCGGCGACAAGCAGCGGUUCAUCGGCACGGCCGGCGCCGCGUCCUCCACAAUGAACCCCAAGAACUCCAUCUCCCAGAUCAAGCGCCUGCUCGGCCGCAAGUUCUCCGACCCCGAGCUGCAGCGUGAUCUCUCCUCCUUCCCGUUCCGUGUCACGGAGGGGCUCGAUGGGUUGCCGCUCGUCCAUGUGCGGUUUCUCGGUGAGGAGCGGACGUUCACCCCCACGCAGCUUCUUGCUAUGGUGCUGUCCAAUCUGAAGGGCAUUGCUGAGGGCAACCUGAAAACGGCGGUUGUUGAUUGCUGCAUUGGUAUCCCGGUGUACUUCACUGAUCUGCAACGCAGGGCUGUUCUUGAUGCUGCCACUAUUGCGGGUCUGCGGCCGCUGCGGUUGUUCCAUGAGACGACUGCCACGGCCUUGGCGUAUGGUAUAUAUAAGACUGAUCUCCCGGAGAAUGACCAGCUGAAUGUUGCGUUUGUUGAUGUUGGUCAUGCCAGCAUGCAGGUCAGCAUUGUCGGUUAUAAAAAGGGACAGCUCAAGAUGCUUUCGCAUGCAUAUGACCGUUCUCUUGGUGGGAGGGACUUUGAUGAGGCCCUCUUUAAGCACUUUGCUGCAAAGUUCAAGGAGGAGUAUAAGAUUGAUGUGUACCAGAAUGCCCGUGCAUGCAUUAGGUUGCGUGUGGCAUGCGAGAAGCUUAAGAAGGUGCUGAGCGCCAACCCAGAGGCUCCUCUGAACAUAGAGUGCUUGAUGGAUGAGAAGGAUGUGAGAGGGUUUAUUAAGAGGGAGGAGUUUGAACAGAUCAGUGCCCCAGUACUAGAACGCGUGAAAGGGCCCUUGGAAAAAGCCUUGGCUGAAGCUGGCUUGACGACAGAAAAUGUGCACUUUGUUGAGGUUGUCGGAUCUGGCUCUCGUGUGCCUGCCAUAAUCAAGAUAAUUACCGAUUUUUUUGGGAAGGAGCCAAGGAGGACCAUGAAUGCUAGUGAAUGUGUUGCGAGAGGAUGUGCUCUUCAGUGUGCUAUUCUCAGCCCCACUUUCAAAGUGCGGGAAUUCCAGGUUAAUGAUGGAUUUCCUUUCUCGAUUGCUUUGUCAUGGAAUCCAGAUUCCCAGAACAGUGCACCCCAACACACCCUUGUAUUCCCAAAGGGGAAUGCAAUUCCUAGCAUUAAAGCUCUGACCUUCUAUAGAUCCAAUACAUUUGAUGUUGAUGUUUUGUAUGUCAACACUGGCGACUUGCAGAUUCCACAAAAAAUUAGCACUUACACAAUUGGCCCUUUCCAACCCAGCAAAGGUGAUAAGGCCAAACUGAAAGUUAAAGUCCGUCUCAACAUCCAUGGGAUAGUCACAGUUGAUUCAGCAACGAUGCUGGAGGAGGUGGAUGUGGAAGUUCCAGUCUCAUCUGCAAAUGAGGUUCCAACGGAUGCUACAAAGAUGGACACAGAUGAUGCGCCAAGUGACCCUGCUUCUGGAACAAAUGUCAAUAUGCAGGAGCCUAAAAGUGCCACUGAUUCUGCUGAGGGUGCUACUGCAGCUGAAAAUGGAGCACAUGAUCACGAGGAAAUAUCUGUUCCAAUGGACACCGAUGCAAAGGUUGAGCCAUCAAAAAAGAAAGUUAAGAAAACUAAUGUUCCGGUCCAUGAAUUGGUCUAUGGUGCGUUGGAGGCUGCUGAGUUACAGAAAGCUGUAGAGAAAGAGUAUGAGAUGGCUCUUCAGGACAGAGUGAUGGAAGAAACCAAGGAGAAGAAGAAUGCUGUGGAAGCUUAUGUUUACGACAUGCGUAACAAGCUCUACGACAAGUACAACGAUUUUGUCACGCCUGAGGAGAAGGAAGGGUUGAUUGCUAAGCUUCAGGAGGUUGAGGAUUGGCUGUACGAAGAUGGUGAGGAUGAGACAAAGGGAGUCUAUAUUGCUAAACUGGAAGAGCUUAAAAAGAUUGGUGAUCCUAUCGAGGCACGGUACAAAGAGUGGAUGGAAAGAGGUUCUGCUGUUGACCAACUGGUAUACUGCAUCAACAGUUUCAGAGAGGCCGCUUUAUCUAAUGACCAAAAGUUUGACCACAUCGACAUAUCAGAGAAACAAAAGGUCAUCAACGAGUGCUCCGAAGCAGAAAACUGGCUAAGAGAGAAAAAGCAGCAGCAGGAUGUUCUACCAAAGCAUUCUAAUCCUGUGCUGCUAGUGUCUGAUCUAAAGAAAAAAGCUGAAACACUUGACAGGUUCUGCAGACCGAUCUUGACGAAACCGAAGCCAGCACCGAAGCCACAGACUCCGCCGCCACAGGCUGAAACCUCAGAACCCAGGCCUCAAACUCCUGAGCAGCAACAAAACGGUGCAGGCGCAGCUGGUGAGCCGGCGAGCGAGGGAGGUGCUCAGGAGCCUGCUGCCGAGCAAAUGGACACGGAGAACCCUGAUAAUUCUGCUGAUGCUGUGGCAUAAGUUAGUUUCUCAUCUUUGCGUGAUGAUCGAUUGAAUUCUCACGUUGUGAUGUUUGGUAGUCGAUACCGAAUUACCACUGCUCUCCAUACUUUUUCGCGUUGGGGAUUGGUGCGUUGAGAGUUAUGUUUAUGUGUCUUGCCCAGUGUAGUUGCGAUUGGGACAAAAAUGAAUAGAAAUGCUCCAUGAUCUAAUUUUACCAUUGAAACUCAUAACCGAAUGUCUUAGUUGAUUCUACCGAAGGUAACCAGAAUAUUCAAUGUAUUUCACUGUGAAAUUUCUCGAGUUA